ACAGUUUCCUCCGUUUAAUCAUGCUGAAGUGUAAAGUUUUAUUUUUCGCUACACUUUUUUCUGUAACACUUGCAUAUCCAUUAGAAAGAUGUUCAGUGGAUUUGACGCAUCCUUUUGGAGCAUCAACCAUUCAUAACCCAAUUGUUAAGAGAUUUACCCUGGAUUAUAUUUUGAACAAUACCGUAGAAAAUGGAUACUGGGUUCAGAUAGAAGAGUAUUCGUCAAGUACACACGUAGGUACUCAUAUAGACGCUCCAGCCCACUUUUCAAAGGGCGGCAGAACUGUUGACCAGCUAGAAUUUACAGAACUUAUUCUUCCUGCUGCUGUUGUGGACAUCACAGAACGUGCAAAAACUGACAGUGAUGCUGGACUUACUGUUCAAGAUCUACUUGAUUGGGAAAGCAAAACAGGAAAGAGCCUCAAUGGUACCAUUGUUUUAUUACGUUCAGGUUGGAGCAAGCUCUGGAGUAAUCGUACUGCAUUUUUGGGAAGUGCUGGAGAUGAUACUCUACUCUUUCAUUGGCCAGGAUUCACCAUUGAAGCAGCGCAGUGGUUGGUGGACAAUAGAGCGAUCAAAGCAAUAGGCACAGAGAGCAUAUCUUUAGAUAUAGGUACGGAACGUGAAUUUAUGGUUCACAGAAUAAUCCUACCAAACGAUAUAUUUGGUUUGGAGAAUGUGGCUAACUUGGAUCAGCUUCCAAUCUAUGGUGCUACUCUCUACGUAAUGCCUAUGAAAAUGGAGCGUGGAAGUGGCGGUCCAACACGUUUAUUCGCCACCUAUCCAAACGUAAUAUUCUGAAAAUAAUAAAAAGAAUUGGACAAUAAGCAUAUUUAUGGCCUAUGUAAAAGAAAAUUUUCAAAAUACAUUGCUAUAAUUUUCAUAAGAAUUUCUGUUUUAUUCAGACUUUCUCUAAAAAAAUCUUCAUUCAUAUUUACUGUUUUACUUUAUUA